AUGUCGACGCCGGUCCCUACAACCAGUCCUCCGCAAUGCAAUAGCACAUCUUCUACAGCAUUCGCCCAGCAGCACCUGCGAGACCCCAGGUCGUUCGUUGGCUGUUCGAAGUUCACAGAGUAUGAAGUUCUUGGAAAACUGGGUGAGGGAACAUUCGGAGAGGUACUGCGCGCAAGGUCGAAGAAAACUGGCUCGGUCGUCGCAUUGAAGAAGAUCCUCAUGCACAACGAGAAAGAUGGUUUCCCGAUCACGGCCCUCCGAGAGAUUAAGCUCCUCAAGCUGCUAUCCCAUCCGAACAUUUUGAAGCUGGAGGAAAUGGCUGUGGAGCAACACAACAAGACGGCCGACAAGAGGAAACGAGCUGUCAUGUACAUGGUCAUGCCAUAUAUGGACCACGAUCUGUCUGGCCUCCUUGAGAACCCCAAGGUGAAGUUGCAGGAACCUCAUAUCAAGUGCUACAUGCUCCAGCUCUUGGAGGGGGUACGAUAUCUACACAAUGAGAGGAUACUACAUCGGGAUAUGAAGGCUGCGAACCUCCUGAUCAAUAACCAAGGCAUUCUCCAGAUUGCAGAUUUUGGGCUGGCACGACAUUAUGAUGAGGCUGUACCUGUCGCUGGUCAGGGAGGGGGCGUAGCAAACCGGGAUUAUACAACUCUUGUGGUUACUCGUUGGUACAGACCUCCGGAGUUGUUGCUACACUUACGAAAGUACACAACUGCCAUUGAUUUAUGGGGAGUUGGCUGCGUCUUUGGGGAAAUGCUUAUCGGCAAACCUAUCCUUUCCGGAGACAGCGAUGCCAACCAACUCAAGAUCAUUUUCGACUUGAUGGGUACACCCACUGAUGAGAAUAUGCCGGAAUUCAGAUCUCUGCCAGGGGCCGAAGGGAUGAGCUUUGCACCACAUGCCUCGACCUUGGCACAGCGCUUCCGAGCUUAUGGAUCAGGCGCUAUUUCAUUGCUGAAUGAGCUACUUAAACUCGACUGGAAGAAGAGAAUUAACGCCAUCGAUGCCUUGAAGCACCCAUACUUCCGCAACGUACCUCUUCCCGCACAGCCAGGCGACCUACCGACGUUUGAAGAUUCCCAUGAGCUCGAUCGAAGAAAGUUCCGCAGCCUGAAAGCUGCUCCACCCCCAGCGCCAAAAGGUGGAACAGUUGGCAUGGGUCCCGUAGCGGGUGUUUGGGGAGGCGAGGCAGGUCCAAACGGACAGUAUGCUAGUGGCGACUCUCAUAAUGGUUACCGUCAUCACAACGGCAGCCGCCAUCCUCCUCCAGGCGGCUACAAUCGCAAUGGUGUACCUCCUCCUCCUCCGCAGGAAGAGCGGAGGCCCGCAUGGCAAAGACCUCGAGAUGACCGGGAACGUCCAGAUACCAGGUUGCCUGCCAGACCGCCAUAUUCCCAAGCUGACUACAGAUAUGAUGGAGGCAGAGAUGGAGGCAGAGAUGGGGAGCGUCCUGAUGGAUAUAGAUCCCGAUCUCGUGACAUCGACCGUCCACCCCGCAGCAGAAACGGACCAUCAAACAUCGACACCUACAUUCCAAGCUACAGAGCCGAGGAAGGACGGCGAGAGGAUCGGCCUCCUAGGGAAGACAGACCCAGAGACCGGAGACACGAUGAACGAAGGCACGAUCGCGUCCGCGAAGAGGGCAGACUUGACUACGACGAGCGCAGUCGCGGUGGACGAACGCGCAGCCGUAGUCGGAGCCCCACUCGAGAAAGAGAAAGAGACCGGGGAGCGAGAGAAAGAGAGCCAAUACCACCAAUGGAUAGGGACAGAGAUCGGGAACGGGAACGUGACGUCUAUCGCAGAUGA